CUCGACAUCCGGGCCUACACGAUCGACGAGUCGACGCAGACGUUCCAGGUCCACGGCUUCAUGCAGAUCGCGUACUACGACUGGCGGCUCCAGUACGGCGCGCCCGGGGGCUGCGAGAAGCACGUCGAGGGCUGGAUCCUGUCCUCCCACGCGACGGCGCACAUCUGGCGGCCGAACCUCUUCAUCGACAACGCGGUGAGAUCGAACGAGAUCUUCUACGAGUACCUGGGGGACGCGCGGUCGGGCGGAGGCACGUGGAUCUACCCCGACGGCCUCGUGUGGGUCGAGUACGAGAUCCACCACAGGUCGCUUAGCCGGCGUUGA